UGAUCACUACCCAUCUGUCUUGAUGCGGACCCAUAUUAAUAAAAACUCUAUCUCUCCCCACUUUUUCUCCUUCCAUUUCUUUUCUUUUUUCUCAUCAAAUAUCUGAUCGAUCGAGAAUCCUAAUUUAGGCUCGCUCAAUUGGUGCACAUAUAUUCACGUACUGUUCAAGCUAAGGUUGUAUAUACUAUAUACAUAUAUAGGAAUCUCGAUCCACCCAUGGACGGCGGCAGAUUCAGCAAGCAGCUGCUUUUCGGUAAUAAUUACGACCAAGAUGACUCCGAGAACUCGCCGGAGAACAGCGCCGGCUCGCCACCAUCCGCCUUGCUCCCUGAGACCACCAAGAUCGCUACUUCUUCAGCUACUUGUUCUUCUAAUAAGCAAAGUAGACGUCGUUCUAUUCAGAAAAAAGUGGUGUCUGUGCCGAUCAACGAAGUAGAUGGAUCUUCGCUGAAGGGCGAGAUCACUUAUCCGCCGUCCGAUUCUUGGGCCUGGAGAAAAUACGGUCAAAAACCCAUCAAAGGCUCUCCUUAUCCCAGAGGAUAUUACAGGUGUAGCAGCUCAAAAGGAUGUCCAGCUAAAAAACAGGUGGAGAGAAGCCGUGUCGAUCCAAACAUGCUUCUUGUGACUUACUCAUGUGAACACGAUCACCCUUGGCCGGCCGCCGCCGCCGCCAGAAGCCACCGCUACACCGCGGCGAUGUCCGGAAUAUUGACACACCAAACAAGGUCUAAACUGGUCGUAACAUCAGCCGCCGCGGCCGUUUCAGACUCGGACGAUGGGAAGGAAGCAAUGAGUGAUUUCUCCACCCAACUUGAAGUCCAGUCCGAUCAUACCCACGACAAGUUUUCCCAUCUCGGCGGCGGGGAGGGAGAAGAGUUUGGGUGGUUUUCCGGCUUCGAGGCGGCCACGUCCGCCGUGACGGAGGAGGAUUCUGUCCUGACGGAAGCAAAGGUUAUGAGUUGUACAGAUAUGCGGCCUUUAGUAGUUCCGGUGGGGGAGGAGGAUUCAUUAUUCGCCGAUCUCGGGGAGUUGCCGGAGUGCUCGCGGGAGUUUGAGCUGGGGAUGAUGGAGAGAGAUGAAGAUCGCCGGCGGCGGAGCUUGACGCCGUGGUGUCGGACGGCGUGAUGAAAGUUUUGAUGCAUUAUUGGGUGUUUGGCAAGUGACGGUUGGUUGGUUGAUUGGGUCAGCUUGUUGAUGACAUCGGUUUUUGUGAUGUUUGGUUAAAAUAGUUGUUUAUAUGCGAAUCAUACAUUUAGUUGAAGUUAUCGUGCAACUACUUCAACCAUUUUUAUGAUCUAAAAAUGAAAAUUUAAUCCUUCAAAAACAUGAUAAUUUAAAUGAGUAACACCAGUAAUAAUUCUUCCCUCC